AUGGGAGAUGCCACGAACUCUCCCGAGUGGUCUCGACGAAUUCAAGAACUGAUGGACGGCACUGUCAUAUCCCACGAUGCCCAACCACUCAACGGAGCUGUCAAAGACUCCACUCACACCAAAGGGCCACAUCAAUCAUUUGAGCACAAAUAUGAAGAGCUGCGGUUCGAGCUACAGCGCAUAGAAAGCGAGAUUGACACACUCAAGGCCUACAACAAGAACCUAGAACUGGACAAUGCAAGGAUGGCUUCCGUCGCAUUGGAGAAUCAGAGGCUCAGCGCCGAAGUGAAAAAAGUCACCACGGCACUGGAGAGGAAAAUUCUCGAGUUGGCGACCGUCAAAGCGUCCACGGCCAAGACAGCUCUUACAGCUCAAGAGGCAGCCCAAGAGGCGUCACACACACGCAUUCAAGUGCAGGAACUCCAGGUGAAGCUAGAAGCUGCUGAGCAAGACCGAGAUUGGCACCGGAAAGAGCAUACAGACAUGUUCGAAGCCCGCAACACCCACAAUGCAACCUGUGCGGCCAAUACGAACCGUUUGAAGAAGUCAAACGACAAGGCCAAGAAACAGAAUGAGGAACUUGCCAAGAAGCUCACGUCUGUGCUAUACUACAUGGGAUGCUACGUUACCGAUCUUGACCUUGUCUCGGAAGAGGUACGGAUUUACAAAUGCGAGCAUGAUGACAUCAGCAACAUACCCUACAAGGUUCAACAUACGCAGCAGAAGGAAGUUUGGAUGGUAUCCAACGACAUAUAUAGGCAAUUGAAGGACGAGGAGGGGUUCCUCAACGCUUAUAUGUAUGCCAGACAGAACAUCUUGGACCACCAUAGGGCCCACGAGAAAAUUGGACAUUGGAAGGGAGAUUCCAGCAAACAGAUCAAAUGGCUUCUCAAAAAUGUAGACAAGAAGAGAAGCGCUGUUACAACCUACGAGUAA